AUGUUGUCCAAUUGGGUCUCCUUGACCGUCCCGUUUGACAACCACAACCCCAACUCGGAAAAAUGGGACCGCAACCAGCCGCCCUCCGACGCCCUCGACUACUCGCCCCUCCGGCGCAUCACCGGCCGCUCUCUCCUGCUGGCCCUCUUCGUGUCCAUGGGCGGUCUGCUCUUUGGCUACGACACCGGCCAGAUCUCUGGCUUCCUCGAGAUGCCCGACUACCUGCAGCGCUUCGGCCAGGUCGACGCCGCCGGCAAGCCCUACUUUAGCAACGUGCGCUCCGGCCUGAUUGUCGGCAUGCUGUCCAUCGGCACCCUCAUUGGUGCCCUGCUGGCCGCCCCCAUUGCCGACCGCGUCGGCCGCAAGUACAGCAUCUCCUUCUGGAGCCUCAUGACCAGCGUGGGCUUCAUCAUCCAGAUCUCCGCCAGCCAGUCGUGGAUCCAGGUCAUGAUGGGCCGCUGGGUCACGGGUCUGGGCGUCGGCGCCCUGUCGCUGCUCGUGCCCAUGUACCAGGCCGAGACCGCGCCGCCAUGGAUUCGCGGCGCCAUGGUCUGCACCUACCAGCUGUUCAUCACAUUUGGCAUCUUUUUGGCCGCCACCUUCAACUACGGCACCGUCUCCCACCUGGCCAACAGCACCGCCUCGUGGCGCAUCGUCAUCGGCAUCGGCUUCCUCUUUGCCCUGGUCCUCGGCCUCGGCAUCCUGCUCUUCCCCGAGACCCCCCGGUACGACUACUCCCGCGGCCACUACGACCGCGCCCGCGACACCCUGUGCAGCGUCUACGGCGCCCCGCCCAACCACUGGUCCAUCGUGACGCAGAUUGAGGAGAUUGAGACCAAGCUGCGCGCCGAGGAGGCCAUCAAGAACGGCAACGCCGUCCAGGAGUUUGUCAAGAUGUGGCGCGCCCCCCGCAUGGCCUACCGCAUCCUGCUGGGCGUCAGCCUGCAGAUGUUCCAGCAGCUGACGGGUGCCAACUACUUCUUCUACUACGGCACGACCAUUUUCCAGUCCGUCAACAUCGACUCCUACAUUACGCAGAUCAUCCUCAACACUAUCAACUUCCUCGUCACCUUUAUCGGCCUGUACCUCGUCGAGCACUUUGGCCGUCGCCGCUCGCUCAUUACCGGCAGCAUCUGGAUGUUCAUCUGCUUCCUCAUCUUUGCGUCCGUCGGCCACUUUGCGCUCAACCGCGACGCGCCCCAGCAGACGCGCCCGGCCGGCGUCGCCCUCAUCGUCUUUGCCUGCUUCUUCAUCCUGGGCUUCGCCACCACCUGGGGCCCCAUGAUCUGGACCCUCAUGGCCGAGCUCUUCCCCUCGCGCUACCGCGCCCAGGGCAUGGCCAUGUCGACCGCCUCCAACUGGCUCUGGAACUUCUUGCUCGCCUUCUUCACGCCCUUCAUCACCGGCGCCAUCGACUUCCGCUACGGCUACGUCUUUGCCGGCACCAACAUCAUCGGCGGCCUCAUUGUCUACUUCUUCGUCAUGGAGUCCCAGGGCCGCACCCUCGAGGAGAUUGACACCAUGUACCUGGAGCGCGUCAACCCCCGCAAGAGCGCCAAGUGGGUGGCGCCGCCGGCCAAGGAGAUUGCCAAGAUCCGCAAGGCCGCCGGUACCGACCUGGAGGCCGAGACCGAGCACGUCAACAGCGCCAGAGGCAACCCGAACGAGGGCGUCCUGGGAACCACUAAUUGA